CCAAGCUCUCCUCUUCUCUCAGGUCUGCAAUUUCUUCUUUUCUCUUCAACCAUUAAUUUCCAGUUUAUACAGAAAUUAAAUGGUGAUUAUUAUCAAAAUCAACGGGUAGUUCCAAAAGAAAAACUAACUCGGCUUCAACAAGAGAACCCGGUUCAAUUUUUUUUUUUAAAAAAAUUUCUUCAUGCUGAUAAAAUUGGAGCGCCCUCGAAGAAGAAAAGUUACAGUAUAGGAGGAUGCAGAGUAUACUAAGGCGUUAUCGUAAUAGUUUAUGGCGAUUCAACAACAAACGCAGUCUUUGUUCUCUUUCAAUCAACGGCCCUGUCAAUGAUCUCGACGAUCAAGUUCUCGUGGAAGGAAAACCGGCUUCACGGACUGCAAUUCUCAACAGACCAGCUUUUCUCAAUGCUCUCAAUACUUAUAUGGGGACUAGGUUGAAUAAACUGUACUCUAAUUGGGAAGAUGAUCCUGAUAUUGGUUUUGUGAUUAUGAAGGGCAGUGGCAGGGCAUUUUGUGCUGGUGGAGAUAUUGUCACCUUAUAUCAUUUGAUAAACGAAGGAAAACUUGAUGCUUGUAAGGAAUUCUUCAGGACAUUGUAUAGGUUCAUAUACCUUCUAGGUACAUAUUUGAAGCCACAUGUGGCUAUUCUUAAUGGCAUUACAAUGGGCGGUGGGGCCGGAGUUUCAAUACCUGGAACAUUUCGUCUUGCAACUGGUAGAACUGUUUUUGCUACUCCUGAAACUUUAAUUGGUUUCCAUCCUGAUGCUGGUGCUUCUUUUUAUCUCUCUCAUCUACCUGGCCACUUAGGGGAAUACUUGGCUCUAACGGGAGAAAAAUUCGAUGGAGCAGAAAUGAUUGCUUGUGGACUUGCCACACACUACGUGCACACUGAAAGGCUUCCGUUAAUUGAAGAGCAGCUAGGGAAAUUGGUCACCGAUGAUCCUUCUGUAAUUGAAGCUACUUUAGAAAAAUAUGGUGAACUUUGCUAUCCAGAAAGGACAAGUGUGCUUCACAGGAUUGAAAUGGUUGAUAGAUGUUUCAGCCAUGAAACAGUUGAAGAAAUUAUUGAAAACUUGGAAAGCUAUAGGAUUGAAACAAAUGAUGCAUGGUGCAGUUCCACCUUGAGAAGGCUUAAAGAAGUCUCACCUUUGAGCUUGAAGGUUUCUUUGAGAUCUAUACGAGAAGGCCGAUUCCAAACCCUUGACCAGUGCUUGGCUCGUGAAUACAGAAUGUCCCUGCAAGGGAUAUCUAAAAAAGUUUCAGCUGACUUUUGUGAGGGGGUUCGUGCCCGAAUGUUGGACAAGAACCAUGCACCAAAGUGGAAUCCUCCAACCCUGGAGCAAGUAUCAGAAGACAUGGUAGAUCAGUAUUUCUCUCCCCUCAGUGUAUUUGAACCUGAUCUGGAGCUACCCACAAAACUUCGAGAAGCAUUUAACUAGCUGCAAUUGAUCUGGAGCUAAUAAUUUUAUACAGCUCCCACUAAAUAGGCUUUUCUGGAGGAAGGUAGAACAUAGGUUUGUUUGGGAUCUGGGCAGUAUUCGCAUAAUUUACAGCAUUUGUAUUUCUGGAUUAAUUUAUAAAUAAUUGAAUAAAAUUGUAUUUGUCAAGGAACUUUAAUGUCUGGAAUUAAUCAUAUAGUUUUAAGUA